AUGGACGGGCACAUCUACGGCAGCCGCGUAACUGAGCUGGAUCCGGGUCAGUGCACGGAUGAAGCGCCCGAACACGAUCCUGAGGGGCCCAAAUACACCGCAAAUCAUGCAUCUGUGGAUGUCAUGGAUGUCGCAUUCAAAAAACUCGACCUCGCUCCUUCGGAAGCCCAGAUCGACUGUACUACUCCCAAGGAGAUUGGUUGUGAUCACAAUCGCAGUCUCGGAAACGAUUUCGAUUACGGUUUCCCCACGAGUACAGCCGAUGAGGAACAAUUUCGAAUGAAGCAAGAGGACGGACAUAGUAAUGAUGACGAUGAUGUAUGUCAGAGAUGCAAGUCCUUCCGUUGGGAUCAAAUCCCAUAUACGCAGUUACCUCAUGAGACUCUGCUUCUUAUCGACAUGACGAAGGCUCAGCUAGCAGCAUCGCACUGCCGCAUCUGUCGCUUUGUCGCGAAGAUCAUCGAAGCCCAGCACCUCCCAGAAGACAAACACUAUUCGCUGGUAGGAUUUAGAGUGGACUCCACCACCUCUAAUAAUUUCUGUUCAAACAUACCCAACAUUCAAGGAAAAGGAAACACAGGCCUUGCACAAAUUAAGCCUCAUGAUCCGGAGACUGGAGAACAAGUUUGGACAGCCUCUGAUGGAGAGUGGAGCCCGUUCCCACAUCUCGCAAUCACCGAUUUUUCACCGGAGGACAACUCGGUCGAGAAGCGUUCCUACAAGGCCAGCCACAUGAAACUCGAUCAGAUCAAAGGUUGGAUUGAAGACUGCCACAUAAAACACCGCGAAUGUUACAUUGGAGACGUCCAGCAUCUGCUGCAAAACUUGCGUCUGAUUGAUUGUGGUUCAAAGACUGUUGUGCCUGCGCCUGUGGGAUGCCAUUACGUGGCACUGUCUUAUGUUUGGGGACAGCACAACGAUGCUUUUGACGACUUGCAAAAUCCACCAAAGACUAUCGAAGACAGUAUCUAUAUCGCGCAAAUGCUAGGAUACCGGUACCUCUGGAUCGACAGAUUUGUGCGUACCUACCAUCUUUCAGUGCAUUCGUUGAGACUAACCAACCCAGUGUAUCGACCAGAAUGA